UCUGGGCGGCGCGCGCCGGCGUCCUCCGCUCCUCCCGCGCGCGGCCGCUGAAGUCCCCGAGGCGCGCGGGCCAGCCCAGCUCGGGCCGCCCGCAGUCCCCACCAGCCCCGCGGCCGAAGAGCGCGGGCUGGGACCGAGGCCACGGCGGUGGGCGCCGCCCCCAACGUCUUUCUGGAACCCCUGGAGCGGGGCGAGGGCGAAGACGAGGCUGAGUGGGGCCGGAAUCAUGAACCGGAGUUUCCACAAGUCUCAGACCCUGCGCUUCUACGACUGCAGUGCGGUGGAAGUCAAGAGCAAGUUUGGGGCUGAGUUCCGAAGGUUCUCCUUAGACCGCCAAAAGCCUGGGAAGUUUGAGGAUUUCUACCAGCUGGUUGUGCACACCCACCACAUCGCCAACACCGAAGUGACCAUCGGCUACGCAGACGUGCACGGCGACCUGCUGCCCAUCAACAACGAUGACAACUUCUGCAAGGCGGUCUCGAGCGCAAAUCCCCUGCUCAGGGUCUUCAUCCAGAAACGAGAGGAGGCUGAGCAGGGCCUGGCGACCGGCUCGCUCUCGCGGCGCAGGAAGGCGCUGGCGCUGCGGGAGGAGGGGCCCCGCCGGCGGGCGCACCUGCACAUCGGGCUCCCGCACGACUUCCGCCCCGUGUCCUCCAUCAUCGACGUGGACAUUCUGCCCGAGACGCACCGGCGUGUGAGGCUGUACCGGCACGGCUGCCAGAAACCUCUGGGCUUCUACAUCCGCGACGGCAUGAGCGUGCGGGUGGCGCCGCAGGGGCUGGAGAAGGUGCCGGGCAUCUUCAUCUCGCGCAUGGUGCCGGGGGGCCUGGCCGAGAGCACCGGGCUUCUGGCCGUGGACGACGAGGUGCUGGAGGUGAAUGGCAUCGAGGUGGCGGGGAAGACGCUGGACCAGGUCACGGACAUGAUGAUCGCCAACAGCCACAACCUCAUCGUCACGGUCAAGCCGGCCAACCAACGGAACAACGUGCUGCGCGGCAGCCGUGCCGCCUCCGGCAGCUCCGGCCGCUCCUCGGACAGCACGGCCAGCCGCCACAGCCUGCAGGCCCCUGUGCCGCACAGCCUGCCCGCCGACGACAUGGAGAGCGACGAGGAGCCCGACGUGGUGCUGGAGGGUGACCUGGAGCCCCGGUCGGUGCCGCGGCUCCCUCCCGGCAGCCUCAGCCGGGUCAAUGGUGCGGGCCCAGCGUCCGGACUGCACGGGCCUGGGCGCGAUAGCCGCGUCCUCAGGCUGCUCAGCUCGUUUCCGCCUGACAUCCACCACAGCCUGGCGCUGCCCCCGGGCGGCGUGGAGGAGCACGGGCCGGCUGUCACCCUUUAGCGCGGGGCCGCCCUGCAGCGCCGGGCAUCUUCCCUGUAGCAUCCUGUCCCAGCCCGAGCGUCCUGACCACAGUCUGGCGGCAGGGACCAGUCCCCUCCCGUUUUUAAAAUAAGAUAAUUGUAUAUGUCACCCCUCCUCUGUGUUUUUAUUUAUCCCUCCCUUUGCUUCCACAACCCUACUCGAUGUUUCAACUUAUGGACAGAAAAUAAAAAUACUGCCUAUUUUUA